AUGUCAGAAGAAACCCCCACCCACAAUUAUGAAUGGAUCGUCCGUUUUCCGAUCCAUACCGGCGGCAAAGCUGGAAUUCCAGUAUCUCGGGAACAGAUAAUACAGCACCGAGAGCGUGUUAACCAGGAGCUUGACUUUUGGCUCUGCUCUGGAGUUGUGGUCGAGCGACCUGUUACUGAUCUGCAUGGCGCAAGCUUAAAAUACGCCCACCAUAUUGUAAGCGCACCCUCCAAGGAGGCAGUGCUCGCACGUCUUCGGGAUGACUGCUUCUAUCCUACACACUGGGAUGUGGAUAAUGCAGAAAUUGAACCAUUUAUUGGUAUGGUUAGAAAGGCACUGGGACAUCUGGUAGUGGACGCCAACUUGACUGCCUAG